AUGCGGGGCCGUGCGUUUGUUUAUAUACUGUUUUUCGUUAUUACAACGCUUUUUAAGCUAACAGGUACAGUUCGUAGCCGAAUUGUAGGUGGCGAAAUUGCUAAAGAAAGUGAAGCACCCUAUCAAAUUUCGCUACAGACUAUACCAGGCUCACACUUAUGCGGCGGUGCCAUUAUCGGUAAACAAUGGAUACUGACAGUAGCACAGUGUGUCAGCGGCUGGCCGGCUAAUUACUUACGUGUCGGUAUGGGCAGUAAUAAUUAUACUGAUCCACUUGUUAUACACUAUCCCGAUCGUAUUCUCACGCAUUGCCGCUACGACACACCAAAGUAUCAUAAUGAUAUUGCUUUAUUGCAUCUUAAUACAAGCAUUUCGUUUAAUUCAAAAAUACAAGCAAUAGCACUACCACUACGGAUGCCAAAUACAACAAUGGAAUUACAACUCACCGGUUGGGGUAGUACAGUGCUAUGGGGACCUACUCCUGAGUUGUUGCAGAAACUUUCUUUAAACUUCAUCACUCGGAAUGAAUGUCUCACACGUUUAGAGCAGUUUGACGACGUUAGUGUGGAUGUUUGCCAUAUCUGUGCCUUUUCACAGUCAGAUAGAUCUGCUUGUCAUGGAGAUGCCGGCAGUCCUUUAGUCAGUAAUAACGGUGCAACUCUAGUGGGCUUAUUAAAUUGGCAUUACUCCUGUGCGCAGGGGUUACCUGAUAUGUACACAAAUGUACUAUAUUAUCACGAUUGGAUACGUCAAGCGAUUAGUGUUCAACCACUUUCAUAA